AUGCUGUGCCGCGCGCUGCUCCGCCGCGCCGCCGCCGCGCCCGCCCAUCGGUCCUCAGCGCUUCCCCUGCAGCAUCUCUUGGACAGCUACCAGUGCAGCCAAGAAGAUGACCACCUGUCUUACGGGGAAACGGGAAUGCCGGUCCCUCCUUUCGGCUGCACCUUUUCUACAGCCCCAAAUUUGGAGCACGUUCUGGCAGUUGCAAAUGAAGAAGGGUUUGUUAGACUGUAUGACACUGAACCACAGACCACCCGCAAGCUCAUCUUUAAAGAAUGGCAGGCUCACUCAAAUGCUGUAUUUGACCUUGCCUGGGUGCCAGGGGAACACAGGAUUGUCACUGCUUCAGGAGAUCAGACAGCCAAGGUGUGGGAUGUGAGAGCUGGCGAACUUCUUGGUAUAUGCAAAGGUCAUCAGUGUAGCCUCAAGUCAGUUGCUUUUUCUAGAUUUCAGAAAGCUGUUUUCUGUACUGGAGGGAGAGAUGGAAACAUCAUGGUUUGGGAUACCAGGUGCAACAAGAAAGAUGGCUUUUACAGGCAGGUGAAUCAAAUCAGUGGAGCACACAAUGUGGUUGACAAGCAGACUCCUUCCAAACCUAAGAAGAAGAGGCAGAACCUCAGAGGACUUGCUCCCUUGGUGGAUUUCCAGCAGAGUGUAACUGUGGUGCUGCUUCAGGAUGAGCAUACUCUUAUCUCUGCAGGAGCUGUUGAUGGCGUGAUCAAAGUGUGGGACCUGCGCAGGAACUACACCGCUCUCCGUCAGGAGCCGCUGCCCGCCAGGUCAUUCUGCUACCCUGGAACCAGCACUCGCAAGCUUGGAUAUUCUAGCCUGGUUUUGGAUUCCACUGGUGCUAAUCUGUUUGCUAACUGCACUGAUGACAGUAUCUACAUGUUCAAUAUGACAAGUUUAAAGACCACUCCAGUGGCUGUUUUCAGUGGACACCAGAAUUCAACCUUUUACAUCAAAUCCAGCACCAGCCCAGAUGACCAGUUCCUGGUCAGUGGCUCGAGCGACUGCAGCGCGUACAUCUGGAAGGUUUCUGAGCCCAGCCUUCCUCCACGGAUACUCCUCGGUCACUCUCAGGAAGUUACCUCCAUUGCUUGGUGUCCUUCAGACUUCACUAAGAUUGCCACAUGCUCUGAUGACAACACUGUGAGGAUUUGGCGCUUACAACGUAGUCCUGAGGAAGAGAAAUCAGUAUCCAGAAAAGCCAACUUGGUGGGCUGGGUCACUCAGAAGAAACCAGAAGAGCAACAUGGAGCAGGACCACCAGCCAGCCCACAAAGCACUCCUGCCAAGGCCCUGGCGGCGGGCAGCACGUGCAUUUCUUCCCCACGCCCUGCUGCCUGUGCUCCCACUCACUCCGGAGACCUUCCGCUGUCCACCAGCACUCCCACAGUCGCUCUCAAAACCCCGACCUCCACAGCCUCCGCCCCAGCCAAGCCACCUGGAACCAGCCCCUGUGCAUCUCCCAAACUGAUCCCUUCCUCCAAAAUGUCCAUCAAACACUGGGUUACAAGGACUCCAUGCUCUUCUCCUCCAGAAGUGGAGAAAAAGGCUCUCUCUCCUAGAAAAGCCCUGGCAGAAGUCACCCAGGUCACCCAGGGUCUCCUAGAAGCUGCUUGCCCUCCUCAAGUCCCACACUCACAGUUUGAAAAGCGUGCCAAGAGAAGGCUUGACUGCAGCAAGGAGGCUGAUGCAGGGCAGAAGUGUCUGCAGUCCUGUAGCUGUGUCACUGAGCUGGACCAUGCAGCUAAGAAAUCCAAACUGAACUUAUGUCACUUGGUUCCAGACCAAAAAGCUUCUGAUGAAGACUCUCUCAGCCUGUCUGACUUGUGUAACGACCCUGAAGGCUCCAGCCAAAGCCCAAAAGAGCCUUCCCUUUCAGGGAGCCAUAUUAAUCCACCAGGCAUUCAAACUUCCCCCUAUAUUUUCAGAUCUCCAUGUGGGAAAGACACUGAGGUAGUAGAUAAGGAGAACAGUUUUCCUGAAAGAAAAAAUUGGCUGUCUGCUCUGGGGGAGAAGCUACGGACUGGCAGACCUGGGAGCCAGAGCACAUCAAAGAGCCCCCGUCACCCUGCAGUCCUGGUGCCAAAAGACAAGAAUGUGUGGCAGUGGCCACUUCGCCGAAAACUGCUGCAGCCACUUCAGUUUCCAUGAGGAAGAUAUGCACAUACUUCCACAGAAAGCCACAGAAGGAUUGAAACAGCG